AUGCCAGCCCAGCAGAAGAAAAUCAUCUUUUGCAUAGCCGGGGUGCUGAGCUUUGCCUGCGCGCUGGGGACCGCGGCAGCCGUCGGCACGCAGCUGUGGGUUAAGGGGACGAUACUCUGCAAGACGGGAGCCCUGCUCGUCAACGCCACCGGCCAGGAGCUGGAGAAAUUUAUCGGCAAAAUCCAGUACGGGCUGUUCUACGGCGAGCGUGUGAGACAGUGCGGGCUCGGGGGGAGACCUUUCCGGUUUUCAU